AAAAUAUUUAAAAAGACAUGUAUGUAUAUAUAGCUUUAAAAUAUGUCUUUUUUGCAUAAAAUCUCUUUAGCAUGUUUAUUAUACGCAGUUGUGUGUGUAAAAGAAAUAAAUUUAUUAAAUUAUAAAAGUAAUCAUUCUAUACCGAUAAAUAAAACUCGAAAUGGUAAAUUUCUUUUUGAUGUCAUAUUCCGCAUCGGAUCUGGACUUUCGGAUACACUUGACGCUGAAGAGGAUGCUACUAAUAUAAAUAAUAUUAAACAGUGUGACUGCGAUUGCGGGGUAUCUAAUGAAGAAAUAAGAAUAAUUGGAGGCAGGCCAACUGGUGUCAAUCAGUACCCCUGGAUGGCUCGGAUUGUUUACGAUGGGAAAUUUCAUUGCGGUGCUUCACUUCUUAGUCGAGAUUACAUUCUUACAGCCGCCCAUUGCGUUAAGAAACUACGAAAAUCGAAAAUAAGAAUAAUUUUUGGGGAUCACGAUCAAGAGAUCGCAUCAGAGUCCAAAGCAAUUCAGAGAGCUGUGGUUAGCAUAACUAAACAUCGUGGAUUUGACCCUGAUACAUAUAAUAAUGAUAUCGCAUUGUUGAAAUUAAGAAAACCGGUUUUAUUCUCAAAGAUUAUAAAGCCCGUUUGUUUGCCGCGAUACAACUACGAUCCAGCAGGUCGCGUUGGCACUGUGGUUGGUUGGGGCCGAACUUCGGAAGGUGGUGUUUUACCAUCUGUAGUGAAUCAUGUGAAAAUCCCAAUAAUGUCAGUAACGGAAUGCCGUAAUCAAAAGUAUAAAAGUUAUAGAAUUACAAAAACAAUGUUAUGUGCUGGAAAAUUAAAUACGGAUUCUUGUCAAGGGGAUAGUGGCGGACCAUUGCUUCUAUCAAAUGGAUUUAAAUAUUUUAUAAUUGGAAUUGUUUCUUGGGGAGUCGGUUGCGGCAGAGAAGGAUACCCGGGAGUAUACACUAGAGUCAGUAAAUUUGUGCCGUGGAUAAAAUCCAAUUUAGAAAAUACAUGCUUAUGUUCCUAAAAGUUAAUACUUUUCUUAACUGAACGGAUAAGCUGUAAUAAAACUUGGGAUAUGUAAUGCGAAAAAUUAAUAUUUACUGUUUAUAAAUUAUAUUGCACUAUCUACAUACGACAGUUAAUUAUUAUGAACACAAAAAAAGUGUGCAUUGAAAAUCUACAAAGUGACAUUCGCAUCUAUUUUUAUAUAUAUGUAUGACUCGCGGAACUAAACCACUAUACUCAAUUUUUUAUACAUAUUUUCAAGUUUAACUGAAACGUUGUUAGAUAUAUUCUUUACAUCUACGGAUAAUAUCGGCUCAUCUCCGUUCAGUGUUAACAUUUUCGCUAUUAAUUUUGAAUCCACUUAAUUUGCUAUUUUCUUGUAACUUUAUAUGUGGGACUCAACGA